AGAGUGCGAUGGAAUAUGUCGGCCCACCUUGUACUUAUCCCCAAAAAGAGAAGAUCAACGUGGCGGCCGCCUCCUGACGACAGACUAGCAGCCAAGUCGGACAUCCCCUCCGCCUCGCCUCCCCCUUCCCUCCUUAAUGCGUGCACCCUCUGCAACUUCCUCCGCCUCCUCCUCUCUCUCCUCUCUCCCUCACUAUAUAAACCCCACCGAUCCCUUCCACCCGAGUCUUUCCUUUCAAUAAUUGGAUUCCCGAAGAGGAUCCCCACCCACAAGAAACAAUCGAAUCUAUUCUCCUCUUCCCCUGAUCCCACCCGACAGAAGAUAUACCACAUGGAGAUCGCUUGUGGCGGCACCGGCGUUGGAGAGAACAAGCGGAAGAGGCAGUCGGUGGCGCCGCCUCCACCGACCCACCAAGUACAGGGUCAAGAGAAGCCUUACAGAGGGAUUAGGAGGAGGAAGUGGGGCAAGUGGGUGGCGGAGAUCCGGGAGCCCAACAAGCGCUCCCGCAUCUGGCUAGGCUCCUACACCACCCCCGUCGCGGCCGCCCGCGCCUACGACAUCGCCGUCUUCUACCUCCGCGGACCCUCCGCCCGCCUCAACUUCCCGGACCUCGUCCUCCGCGAGGAGGAGGACGACCGCCUCAGGGAAGUCUCGGCCGCCUCCAUCAGGAAGAAGGCCGCCGAGGUCGGUGCCCGGGUCGACGCCCAGCAGAACAAGCUCCACCAGCACGACCAAGGGUCCAGCCCCACCCACGUCCUCGAGAAGCCCGACCUCAACGAGUACCCCAAAUCCGAAGACGAAGACUGAAGAAGGACCAGCGCGGAAAACCCCGGUGACCGAUCACUAAUCAAUCGGUCUCGAUAUCGCCAUACCAAUAUCAUCAGCAAUUGUUCAUAUUCUCGUCAUGAUAUGUGUAAAAAUUAGAGCUCUUUUUUUCUGAAUCUGGCAUAGUUAGUUACUCUUGCUAGCUAGCUCGACGAGGCCGCUGGAUAGUUACUCGAUCGACCUAACUAGAUAUGACCCGCUUAUGACCUAGCUAGCUAGCACAUCAGGUUAUUAGAUAGUUGAGAUGCUACUCGAGCUAGUGACCCGGGCUUGUAUCGGUUUUGCAGGGAUCUCUUUGUUCUUUUCUUUUUAAUCGGGAGACGGACCGAAGGGCGACGUCCCUCCUCCUUGUGUCUGAAGUUCACCAAGUAAUAAAAGGAAAUUGGUCGUAUGGCUGGACAAUUCUGAUCAGUUA